CGUGGUCAUGGAUGAACAUUUUCUAUUCUAAUCUAAUGCGAUUCCCACUGUCAGCUGGCAGAAGUUGCGAUUGUCUGCUGAUGUUCGGUUGGUCGGUGGGGAUUUUCGUGCUAAAGAAAGUGAGCAGGAUCGAGGAAGGACUUGGGGCACAGCUACUCGACAGACUACAACCGUGCAACGCGAUCGGGGGGCCAGAAAAGAACAAGCGGUCCUGAGAAGACGACGGACUGACUGAUUGUCGGGAUAGCCAGGAGCUGCUAGUGGGUACUCGGCCACUCGCCCCAGAAGGGAGAAGAAACCAACCAUCCAAGCGAACCAUAGACCAUAGGAUCUUGAGUGAGACACGAUCCAUCCCCAUUCCUCACCCUCGUCCUCGUCAUCAUUAUCAUUAUUGCCAGGAUUGUCUUGAGCAUCUUCGCCCCAGUGUCCUUCCUGGAGGUUGAUUGAAGGCGUUGCCGCAUGGCCUUCCUGUCCUUUGGACCGAUUGACGCAUGGUUUUAGGAUCUGCUUGACGUGAUCACGGAAUCCGAGGCCUUCCUGGGACCAGAAUGGGGCCCACAUUUGUGAUCCAACCCAAUGGGCCCGGCGCCCAAUCGUGUUGAUAGUGAGCCGAUUUGUAAGGUAUCGUUCGUUUGAAGACUUCAGUUUGGGGCUGUAGAAGGUGGCGAGGGGCUCCCAAAGUGCGGCAAGAUGGGCAAGAUCCUGUCGAAAGUGUUCGGGAACAAGGAGAUGCGCAUCCUCAUGUUGGGAUUGGAUGCGGCGGGCAAGACCACCAUAUUGUAUAAGCUAAAACUGGGACAGAGUGUGAACACCAUUCCCACCGUGGGAUUCAACGUGGAAACCGUGACCUACAAAAAUGUCAAAUUCAAUGUCUGGGACGUCGGUGGACAGGACAAAAUCCGUCCCUUGUGGAGGCAUUACUACACUGGGACGCAGGGAUUAAUUUUCGUGGUGGAUUGCGCGGAUCGAGAUCGCAUUGACGAGGCCCGGCAAGAACUCCAUCGGAUCAUCAAUGACAGAGAGAUGAGGGACGCAAUAAUCCUGGUUUUUGCCAAUAAACAAGACUUGCCAGAAGCCAUGAAGCCGAACGAAAUUCAAGAGAAAUUGGGUCUAACCCGCAUCCGCGACCGCAAUUGGUUUGUCCAGCCCGCUUGUGCGACCACGGGCGAUGGCCUUUAUGAAGGACUGACGUGGCUAACGUCCAACCACAAGUCGUGAUUGCUUUAAAAAAUGGAAACAAAGACAAUAAUAAUACGAAGACGCAUCGAUAGUCUAUCACGCUUUUGAGCCUGUCUGAAUCAGGUGGUGGUGGUCGUCGUCGUAGUGCAUUUGUGUCCAAGAAAAAAUGAAAAUGGAAACCACCACGAUAGUGACAAAUGACCGAGAGAGAACACUCCUUUUUCCAUCGCCGCGAAUGUGUUUUUAGAUUUUACAAUUGCGAAGUCUUCAACCAAACCAGAACAAACCAUCCUCGAAAAUUAUUACCACUUCAGCAACUACCAUUAUUAUUAUGAUGUCUAACACAAAGAGACUACACCAGCCACCAUUGUUUCUCUCAUUAUUAUUACUGCUAUUAUUAUAAUUAUUAUUAUCAUAUAUAUUUACCUAUCUUUUGCGGAAAACUCAACUGAAGUAGUUGUCUGUGUUAUUGGUGGUCCAUGUCUUUAAAACCAUUCUCAAGAAAAAAAGCGGAAGUGGAGGAAAAACCAUUAAGAAAAACCUAUGGAAAAUACAAACUACGAAAUGCAGAUGCGCGAAAUAAACGGAAAGAAACAUAAGCAAAA